GGAAAGGGAAAGAGAGAGAGAGAGAGUGCACGAGUGCAAAGCUUAAAAAUAGCAGCGUGCAAAAUAAAUAAGAGCAAGCACUAAAUAAAGGAGAGGGAGUUUUUUUAUAUAUAUAAAAAUAAUGCAUGCAAUUAAAUGAAUAACGAAACAGGAGCAAGCUAGCAGGAGGAGAGGAAGAAUUCUUUUACAAAUGUAUAUGCAUGCAAUUCAGUAAAUAAGGAAACGAGCAAGCAAGCAAAGAAGAGAGGAAGGAAAACGUUUUAAAAUAUAUGCAUGCAAUUAAUUGAAUAAAUAAGGAAGCAGGAGCAAGCAAGCACAGAGGGGAGGAAGGGAAAAAAAUUAAAAUAUACGCAUGCAAUCAAAUAAAUAAGGAAAGAAGAGCAAGCAAGCACAGAGGAGAGAGAGUGGCAGGGAGGCAUCCAGAGGCCAUGGCGACGCCUGGAGGAGCCUCGGCCGUCGGGGGUUCUCGCCCCGAAGAGCAGCCCUCGGCGCCCCCCGGAGCCCCCCAGGCCGCGGCCCCGGCGGGGGAGCAGCAGGCGCCGCCUCCGCCCCAGCAGCAGCAGCAGCAGCCGUCGCCGGCCGAGCAGAAGUUCCAGUCUCCAGCCGCGCAGGCGCCUCCGCCCCAAGGGCAGCAGCAGCAGCAGCAGCAGGGACCCCCGCAGGCGCCCGGCGCCCACCCGGGCCAGGAGGACUACUCUUUCCUCCCCCUGGUGCACGACAUCAUCAAAUGCAUGGAUAAAGACAGCCAAGACGUCCACCAGGUUUUGAACGAGCUGAGGACCAAAUUCGUGGAGGUGCGGAAGGUGAUCCAAACCAUGCAGGGGAUCUCCGUGAGCCCCGAGCAGCAACAGCUGCAGCUUCAAAGCCUCCGGGAGCAAGUCAAGACCAAGAGCGAAUUGCUGCAGAAGUACAAAAGCCUCUGCAUGUUUGAGAUCCCCAAGGAUUAGGCAGGAAGAGACCCGAGGCUCUGCAAAGAGACUCCUCUGGUUCUGGAAGCAGCCGAGGGAACUGCAGUGCCUUUUGGCACCAAAGGGGAACACAAUUUUGUUGCAGCAGCUCAUAAGCUGUAACGCACCGUCCUGGUGUACAUUGGUGUUUUGGUUUAGGGGCCCAGUUUCAGCAGAACGGAAUGUGCCUACUGCAUUUUGCAGGAGUUGCACAUAUUUGUAUGCUCCUCAGUCUUAAAAAUAACUAAAACUGUAAAAAAACAAACAAACAAAAAACCCUGCACAUGGAAAACUAGAAUGUCAGGGAGAAAGAUUCCCUGACAUGCUACUUUUCUAGAAGCAAGGAGCUGGUGCUUUGUUUGCUUUCCCUCUUCAGUGGAUGUACAUUCAAUGCAACAACACCUUUCCACCAGUAGCCUCCACCACCCGUUGUUUGAAAUGUAUAAACUGGGUCCAAGAGGGAUGCUUAAGGCAGGCUGUUGCUAUUUCCCUUCAUCUCCCAGCACCUAGAAGGCAAUUACCUGCUUUCUCUCGCCGAGGAGAUCAGGAAGCAGCGGGAGAGAAAUCCGCAGACGGACAAAAGGACAAAGCACGACUCCUUUAGUAUUCCUGGAGGUUUAAGAGCGGGUGAUGUCUGCUCCUGUUUCUGGGGAAGGAAACAGGUUGACAGGGCAGCCUCAGUUUACAAAUUUGUGUAUAUUUGUUUGUAGAUCCUUUUUAGUGGGUUAAGCCUUCUUUUUUUAAAAAACGAUACUUUCAUAAUUUGCUGAUAUGUCUGUUUUGGAGGGGAACCCCAAAAAAUAAAUCUGGGACUUUGCUGCAGAGUCAACCUGUAACUAGAUUCCUUGCAUGGAAUAUAAUGAUAUUAUUUGUGUAGUUCUUCCCGCUUUGCUCGCAGCAGCUGUGCAAUUGUUUGUUUAAGAAGCUGAUAGUCUCAUUUGGUGCAGCAAUAAUCCAGUGAUAGUCAUGGGAGAUUCCAUAGCAGAACUAUUCUGACUUCUAAAACCUCGCUGGCUUGCUGUGUCAGCUGUAGCCUUUUCGCCAAUCUGGAGAGCGUAUUGCUUGUCUGCUUUCUGUCUUACUUACUUUCUAAAUUUAUAUGGCAAAUGCACAAGCGAUCAAACAUUUAAAAAUAAUUCCAAUACAGGUGCAAACUGAACGAUUGGUGUAUGUUUUCUCAGAAUCGUAGAAGGGAAGCCCCGAGGGUCAUCUAGUCCAGCCCCCUGCAUUGCCAGAAUCUCAACUUUGCAUUGGCAGCGUUUUGCCAGGAGAAGGAAGGGGAGCACAAUGCUCUCUUCAAAUACCCGGAGGGAUUUGUGGCUGUGAGGAGCGGGAUUUGAAUCCUGGUCUUCCAGCUCUUAGUCUAGCUCCCUAACUGCUACACCACUAGAAAAAUGGAUCCGUUUAUGACUAUGGAAGAACAGAAAUGGAGGUGGGGGCAGGCGGCAAGAAUAUGGAGUCCUUUUGCAUGCACUCACUUAGUCUUAUUUGUAAUAUUUGCAUUAGGGCAGGGGUGGCCAACUCCCAAGAGAUUGCGAUCUACUCACAGAGUUAAAAACUGGCAGGGAUCUACCCCCUUUUUAGGGGUUCAGGUCAAAGUUGU